AUGUCGCCCAGUCCGUCAGCCGGCUCGGCGACGCCCAUCAUGCCGGGCACGCCGGCCGCUUCGCGCGGGAGCUCGAGGCUGGGCGCGACGGGGGCCGAGACGGGACCUGCUGAGGCCGACGUGGACAUGGAGCUGGAUCUGGAUCUGGAAGCCGGCGGCAGCGGCCCAGCGGGCAGCGGUGGUGGUGGUGGUGGUGGCUCCACGGGCAGAGGCGCAGGCACGCCGGCUUCGGGCACAGUCGUGUCGAGGCGAUCGCAUCCCAAGUCGAGGACAGGAUGUCGGACCUGCAAGAAGAGGAAGAUCAAGACCCAUGCAACGUCGACGUCGGCGCCGCGGUCGCCAUCGUCGUUCGACUUUGCCGGCAACCCUGGCAACGGCCUGUCGACCUUCACAGACCUCAACAUGGUCGACCUUGAGCUCAUCCACAACUUCACGACCUUCACCUAUGCCACCCUCGGCUCCGAUCCGCAGGUGCGGCAGAUGAUGAAGACGACGGUCAUCCGCAUGGCCCUCGACUGCGAAUACAUCAUGCACACCGUCCUCGCCGUCUCGGCGCUCCACCUCUCCCACUAUCGCCAGGCGCGCGCCGACUUUUACGUCACCAAGGCCAUGCAGCACCACCAGGUCGGGGCCCGCGUCGCCAUUGCCCUCAUGGGCGGCGACCUCCACAAGGAGGACUGCGAGCACCUCCAUCUCUUCUGCCUCCUCACCCUCUUCUACGCCCUCGGCUCCCCGCGCAAGUCCUCCGACGACUCCCUCCUCAUGGGCCAGGGCGCCUUCCCCAACUGGAUCUUCCUGCUGCGCAGCCACGAGCCCAUCAUUGAGCGCCUCGACCCCCACAACUACACGGGGCCCCUGAGCCCCCUCAGCGCCCUCGUCACCAAGGCCGUCACGGACCCGGACCUGCUCAACACGUAUAGCUUUGCCAUCGAGCACCUGCGCCGCGUGCUGACGCUGCUCGUGGCCAACGGCGACAGCGCCAUGGGACCCGCCGUCCGCCUCGAGGGCUGGGACGUCAUCAUGUGGAAGUGGCAGGUCGCCAGGGAUUUCCUGCCGCUGCUGCAGGGGGCCAAUCCGGCGCAGGAGGCCGUCGCCAUCUUCGCCCAUUUUCUCAUCCUCAUUAAGAAGGUCGAGGACCAGUGGUGGCUCGAGGGCUGGUCGACCCAUCUCAUGGGCAAAGUGUGGGAGAAGCUAGAUCAGGAGCACAGGCUGUGGGUGCAGUGGCCGAUAGAGGAGCUGGGAUGGGUGCCGCCUUAG